GGAACAUACGCUAUUAUUGUUAUUAUUAUUAUUAGAUAACAGGGUUAAAAAUGGGCAGGCAUGUAUAGUAUAUUACUGGCUACGCAAUAGUAAAAUGCUCAAUUUAUGUACAAUAGCCUGCCAUCUAUGCAGGACCACCACAGGGGUCAGGAGCCAAGAAUAACGAGGGAUUUGCUCUUUGUUUACUUAAAGAUAUGGGUGGAUAUGUGGUGGAAGAAUUAGUCACAUCCUUUAGUUAAGUGAAAAUUUGAACACAUUUACUUUCUCUAACACUACCUUAAUUGUAAGGGGUCAUAAUGUUUAAGAAGCUGUAGUUUAAUCUGUAACAGUGCAUUAUAUUUUACAACCCACUGAUGAUAAUAGUAAUAAUAAUAAUUAAUUUAUAUAGCACCUUUCAUGCAUUACAUGCAUCUCGAAGUGCCUUAACAUUAAGAUUAAAAUGAAAUGGAAAAUAACAAUUUAGAAAAUAAAGUGCAAAAAUAAAAGCAGGAAAUAUAAAUAACAUUAAGAAACAAGCAGAUGUUAAAAAUGAAUGAGAAAUGACAUCUAAAAGUAGGUGGUGCAAGGUGUAAAAGAAUGUUUUUAAGUGCUGUUUAAAAGUUUGAUGUCUUUGAUUAUGUUAUUGUAAGAUAAGAUAAGUACAAGAAGCUGCAUCCCCGCUUUUCAUCUCCAGUUUUCUACGGUUUUGGGUUGCCAGAGAAAACCAGCAGUUGAAGAUCUGUGGACUCGUGAACGGCCAUAAAACAGCAGGGAACUUGUGAUGUAGGUCGGUCCUUAGCCAUUGAGAGCAGAGAGGUCUCAACCAAGUUUUUUCCCCCCUACUAGCUCAGAGUCAUUUUAAAUUUAGUGUUCUGUUGAGACUGAGUUCAAAUUCAAUGUCAUUUUUCUUGAUAGUACCCACCUUAAGUGGCAUAGAUUAGCUGUUGUACUGGGUUGAACCACCAGGAGGACCUUACUGUUUACUGCUACAGCGACCAUAGGAAGGGGCACUUGCAUGUUGGCAAAGAAAGAUAGCACAUUGUGGGGGGUCUAGCUAGUAAAAGGGCACCAUGACAAUGUCUUUUGUGAUGCUUAAUGACAUCCAGCCCACUUAGAUAUACUCAGUAAGACCACUACCUGCUGGGACAACAUCACCGUAUUACACUGACUUGUGAUCUAUGACAGUCACGUGUGGCUCACAAUACCAUUAUCCACACAGGGCAAAUGUCCAAUGUGCUGAUUUUUAAUGCUAUUGUUUAAUUUUUGAUUGACAGUGCAUUUAUACUAAAUAUCUUUAUAUUUAUUACAUUUGUGUGACACCUGUCAUAACAGAUUUGGCAUCAACAGGAUCUGGCUUAGGUUUGUGCCAGUACAGAUCAGUUAAAAAAUUCCCCAAAGUUAGGGCUUUAUAUGCAAGUAGUAGAAGUUUGCAAUCACUUCUGUAAGAUACAGAGAGCCAGUGCAGAGUUGCCAGGACUGGAGUGAUGUGUUCAUUCUGCUUGGUUUUUAGUUGUUUGUCGAUAAGUGGCAGCCUCUUUAGAAAGAAUAGUAAAAGUGUAUCACAUUAAUGUCAUCUAUUUGUGAUUUUACGUAUGUAUUAAAUUUCCUGCAUCUGGCUGCAUCAGGAAUAGCAAUAACUGGGUCAUGUUUCUGAGAUGAACGAAUGCUAUCAUAGUCACUGUUUAAAUGAGGCAUGAAGCUGAAGUCAGAAUCUACAGUCUAUGGGUUUGGUGCAGGAUGAAGUGUCUUUUACAAUAUAUUCUUAAUCGGCAUAGUUGUCAAGGAGUAAAAAAUGAAUUGUAGUAGUAGUGGAACAUAAGUAUCAGCUACCAUAAAAUGGAAACCACUCAAGUGAAGUACAUACACCUCAACGUGUACUUAACAACGACAACAACUGAGAAAAUGUACUUCCUGCUGAAGAGUGAGUGUUUUGGCAAAGCACUGAACACAAAUCAGAUCUGCCAGCACUUUGGCUUUAACAAAAAUGUGUGCCCAUUUUCUAAAAUGAUAAAUCACCCAAUGUGUCGGAAUCCAUUCAUAUGAUAAGGGAGGGGCCUUAGUUGUCAGGCCCCUGGGAAGUGGAGACCUAGAGGGGGUAUUGUUUGCAGUCUGAGUCACACUGUGUAUUUACAUGUGAGUGUGUGUGUGUGUGUGUGGCAUGGGGCAAAGUUCCCACUGAGUUUGGUAAUAUUUAACGGGACAGUUUUGGGUGAUUUGACUGAGCAGCAGGCAUGAAGGAGAAGCAACAUCGCUGAGAUGUAUCCACAGUGUGUGACACUUACUGCUCAACCACAGAGACUGAGAACCAUACCACAUUGAACAAUGGAUUGACUGGAUCGACUGAAUAAACAUGGAUAUCCUUCCUUUGUUAGUCGUCCUCCUGUCGUGCAGGAUUGAAGCUGUUGGGGCCCAGAUGAAGCUGUCACCUUUGACCUUGACGGUCCUGCGAGGGAAAGAGGCCAAUUUCACCUGCAGCCCCUCCAACAACAAGUGGACUGUUAUGGUGUGGCUGCUGAACGGUGUUGCAACACUCACCAUCUCCAAUGAAAGCGGCCCCCUGCCCACCGUCAACCCAAAUGUGACGGCCGUGAAAAGCAAAGACAAAAACAGCUGGGUGUUUGUGCUGAAGAAAACAGAGAGGGACAAUGAGGGAUCAGUCACCUGUGACCUACAGGGCAUUGACAGGAAAACAGCAAGUCUGUUUGUGCAAGAAAAGGGCAGCGUGACAAUCUCUGGGGAGAACAGGCUGGCGUUUAAGGGGCAGCCGGUCCUGUUUGAAUGUCGAGCCGCAGGAUGGUACCCUCAGCCCGUUCUACAAUGGCAGGUUAAUGGCAAAAUGGUGAACGAAGCCGAAUACAACAUCAGCAGUGAAGAGUCGGGGAAGAGCCUCUUCACUGUGACCAGUAACCUCAGUGUGACGGCAGCAAAGAGUUCUCAUGUGGAUUGUCUGGCCUCUGUGUCUGCCCUCACCACACCACUGAACAGCAGCAUCCGUCUAACAGUGGUUGCAGAGGAGGUGCAGGAAGACGAUGACUGCACAUUCCCAGUGGCGUUAGUCGCCUCCCUCUCUGCUCUUCUGCUGCUCGCCCUGCUCUGCAUCUGCACUGUCCUCUGUUACAGACAAACGAGACGAGCAAAAGCAAACCCACAGGAGGCAAUAAGGUUUGACCAAUCGGUGUAUGGGAGAAGCCCGGUUGCUGAGGCAACAGAGGGGAAGGUCAACCUGGGAUACUCCAGUGAAGGAGCCACAGAUGCAGCUUACAGUGAGCUAAUCGCGGCAAUGCGUAGCCAGAUGGACUUUGUCAGCUUUCACAAGGUCCCUGAUGUUGUGUCCUCCAGCAGCUUGUCUCUACACAGCGAGGGUCAAGCCCAGGUGUCUCUAGCAGAGGAAAGCUCCAAGAAUGUCAGGAUGAUUACAACAGUUUGAUUCCGAUUAUUUUUUAGAUAUUGUUUGGAUGAUUUUUUUUGUAUCAUGUGUCAUAUUUUUGUAAAGCUGGGAGCUAAUGUUAUAUAAUUGUGAGCUCAAUUUUUAACAGUUAUUUAGACAAACAAACAAACAAAAAAGAAAGAAAAAUCUGAUUCCUGAAAGCAAUUGACAACUGUAUUCAGAAUAUAUGAACAUGACAAUAUAUUUCCAUUUUCAAUAAAUGUUAUUUUGUGUACUUUAA